AUGUCGGCUACACUUGUGCAAACUACAACAGUAGUUAGACCGUUUAAGUGGAUUGCUGUGAUUGCUGGUUUUAUUGCAAUUAUUUUGCUGAUAGUCUCCAUUGCAGGAAUUAAUUGGAUUGAAGGUCAAGAAAAUGACACCAUUUUGCUUCAGGGUUUGUGGAAAAGAUGUAAAACAAAAGCUGAUGUAGAAGAUUGUACACAAGAAAGCGUUUUGAAAGCUUAUCAUAAAGUGACUGCUGCCCUAAGUAUCAUUUCUCUGCUGAUUUGCAUAACUGUAACUUUAGUGGCAACAGUGACUUUAAUCAGUGGAUGGGAUGCACAGAAGAAACGUAAACUUUACUUUAUUUCUGGCAUAGGUAUGGUGACUGCCUUAAUCUUGGAACUUAUGGGAUUAGUUGUAUUUAUUCCAAGUGCCAAAGCAGAGUUACCAUUAGAUGCUGCUAUUGACAAGUGGUGGUAUGGUUGGGCUUUUGGUGUGGCUUGGGGAUCCAUUAUUUUGAUGCUGGGAUCAGCUGUUCUCCUGCUGAUAAAACAGGAAUCUCAGGAACUUUCUCAUGAAGAGAAAGUUUACUACACAAAUGAAACUGCUGCUUAA